AUGCGGUGGCUUUCCUCCGUGCUUGCAGCGCUGUCGGCAUCCUUCGCUACCUGGUAUGCUGUGGAUCAGCGCCGCCUGGAGGAGCUUCGGAGGCUCCCGAGUCUUCCACCCGACAGCUGCGUGGAGCUGCAACGCCUCGUUGAGCAGCAGGUUGCGCGAAUCCUGGAGCUGGAAGGUGCGGGAGAGCCAACGGGAGACCUCAUCGGAAGGAGCUUCAGCCUGCUGCAGGACCUGGGUAGCCACUCUAUCGAAGAGGGCUUAGCACUGCUCGGGUUGGGCCAGAGGCCUGAGUUCAAUCACUAUCGCAGUCUUCUAUGGAACGCCACGGAAGUCAUUCAUGCUGAAGCUGCUCGAAGGCUGGAGGGGUUACAGCCGGUGGUUCUCAUGGCCGGCCAGAAGUGCUCCGAGCUCUAUGGCCAGCUUCCUCCGGAGGUGACGCAGCCAGUGCUCGGCGGUGUUCAGGCGGCCAAGGAGCUCGUGGAGCAGAUGCUGUGGCAAAGCAACAGCCGGCUUCAGGAAGCCCUCAGCCGGUUUUUGGACCGGCACCCGCAGCACCGCCCCAGUCGGGGACCCGGACCGCCGGACCGAUGGGAGCCCUGA